AUGUCUGCUGCUAAGGAAGAAGAUGUCUGUAAUCACGUGAAAGUGGUGGUCCGUGUCCGUCCAGAGUCUCAAAAGGAAAAAGAUGGCAACUUUAGCAGAGUUGUUCAUGUUGUUGACCAGCAUAUAUUGGUCUUUGAUCCGAAGGAGGAAGAGGUUAGCUUCUUUCAAGGGAAGAGACUGACCCAUAGAGAUAUUAAUAAAAGGAAAAACAAAGAUCUUAAAUUCGUGUUUGAUGCUGUUUUUGCUGAAAGUUCAUCCCAGUUGGAAGUUUUUGAGCAUACUACCAAAACUGUAAUUGAUGGCUUCUUAAAUGGAUAUAACUGCACAGUGCUUGCAUAUGGUGCAACGGGAGCUGGAAAGACUUACACAAUGUUAGGUUCCCCUGAAGAUCCUGGAGUGAUGUAUUUAACCAUGAUGGCACUUUAUAAUUGCAUGGAUCAAAUAAAAGAAGAUAAAAUAUGUAAUGUUGCUGUGUCUUAUUUAGAGAUCUACAAUGAACAGAUCCGUGACUUGCUGGUAAACUCGGGACCUCUGGCUGUUCGUGAAGAUACCCAGAAAGGGGUGGUAGUUCAAGGGCUAACAUUACAUCAGCCUAAAUCGGCAGAAGAAAUCCUUCAAAUGUUAGAUUACGGAAAUAAAAAUAGGACACAGCAUCCCACAGAUGUAAAUGCCUCCUCUUCCCGGUCCCAUGCUGUCUUUCAGAUUUAUCUAAGGCAGCAAGAUAAACCAGCUAGUAUUAAUCAAAAUGUUCGCAUUGCCAAAAUGUCUCUCAUUGACCUGGCAGGAUCUGAACGUGCCAGUGCAACAAAUGCGAAGGGGGCUCGUUUUAGAGAAGGAACAAAUAUUAACCGCUCCCUGCUAGCUCUUGGAAAUGUCAUUAAUGCCUUGGCAAAUCCAAAGAGCAAGAAACAGCACAUUCCUUAUCGAAACAGCAAGCUUACUCGUUUAUUGAAAGAUUCUCUUGGAGGAAACUGCCGAACAAUAAUGAUAGCUGCUGUUAGUCCAUCUUCUAUGUUCUAUGAUGACACAUACAAUACGCUUAAAUAUGCAAACCGCGCAAAGGAUAUUAAGUCUUCUUUGAAGAGCAAUGUUGUUAGUUUGGACAGUCACAUCAGCCAGUAUGUUAAAAUUUGCAACGAACAAAAGAAAGAGAUCCUAAUGUUGAAAGAGAAACUGAGAGAAUAUGAAGAAAAGCAACCAAGCAUUCCUGAAAAUAGUAAUGCAGCAGUACUUUCAAACAACCAGCAAGUGGAAAUACAAAGAUACAAAGAAAUCCUUAAAAAUGUGUUUGCAAACCGUGAGGAAAUCAGAAAAGAGUACCUCAAGUUGGAAAUGCAACUGAAAGAAAACGCACUGAAGACAUAUUACCAGAAACAAUGUCAUGAACAAAUUCAACUGAUGUGCUCUGAAGAAAGAGUAGAAAAGGCUACUUGCAAGCGGGAUCAAAGGCUUGCAAUGCUUCGAACCCACCGCAUACACAUGCAGAAGAAGAAAGAAGAGGAGGUCGAACACUUUGAGGAAAAUAACAAUUGGCUGCAUCGUGUUGAAAAUGAAAUGCGCCUCCUGGGUCAAGAUGGGUGUAUUCCAAAGGAACUUGGUAAAGAUCUGCAGUGUUGCCAUUUAAACCUAGAAGUUAAGGACCUGAAAGCCCAGAUUGAGCACAUGUUAUCUCUGGUGUCCCUUCAAGAUCAGCACUAUAAGCAGACAGAAAAAGUACUAAAUACUUUGCUUCCAUUUCUUCGCAAGCAAUACCUGACUUUGAAAGAAGCUGGGUUGACAAAUAAUUUAACUGAGACUGAAUUUGGGGAGGUUGAGCAGCUGAUUCAACGACAAAAAUCAGUAGUUUGGGCUGACCAGACUGAAGAAAAAGAACAAAAUCAAAACCAUGAACUAAAGUUGUCAGCUAUCUUUGCAUUCCCACAACUUGUGAACAGACCAAACACCCCGUGCCGUACAACUUUUGGUACACCGUCACAAGGAAUGAAUAACAAUACACAACAAAUAGUAGAAUGUGCAGUACCACCACAGAAAAGAACUAGGCGGAAGCUAAUGGACUCUCCAAUCACAGCUCAAAGUCCUGUUGCAUCCAAGCAAUCCAGUCUCCAUCUGGAGGAUUCUCUUACCAAGGAGGUCCGCCCUAUUGUGUAUACGCCAGAAUUGUGCAGAAAGCCAGCACAAAGCUGCUGUACACAAAUUGUGGUAAAGAAACCUUUGCGCCUUGCAGGCCUUCAGGAAACCAGUAUAUGUAAUAUAGACAUGCCAGUGAAAAAGGCGAGUAUUAUGGACUCUACAUGUGACAUAAUCCCAGAGUGCGAUGAAGAUGACAUGAACUCAACAGUAAUUCUCUAUGAAGAGACUGGUGAAACAAGCGAAACAUCUACGGACUUAUCCAUGAAGGAGUCACAGCCACGGGGCGCUAGCAUUCUGCAAAGACUUGGUCUCUCUUCCUUAAAAACCAAAAAUCCUACUUCAGUACUUGAAAAGCCCUCAUAUAUGGCAAUGACUUCUGCUGCUGCGAGAAAAAGAAAGGUGUUAAGUUCUACAUCAAACACUGGGUUAGGCAGCCUGCAAGACCCUGUUUCUGCAAAACGCAUUCGACAAGAGAGCCAUAGAGCUUUGCGAGUACCCAAAAUAGCAGGAAUUAAAACGAGGAGCUGGAAGCAAGAACAGGAUGUGCCAAGAAACCUAGUUAGAAGCCUUUCUGAAGGAAAUGUAGCAUUGGGUGUUAAAUCAAGGACAUCAAAAAAUCUUUUACUUCAUGUUUGCAAGAAAAAAAGUAGGAUUUAA